GCGCGUCAGUCACAUUAAAUCAUUCAUAGUGUUAAAACAUACCCUUUUUUAUUGUACCAGGUUAAUUCAAGGUCCGUAAUAUUUGGGUCUACGCGUAACUAAAUUACCUUGACUAUCCAUUAGUAAUGAUAUCAGUACAAAGGCAGCACACAUCGCUAGUGACUUUUUAAGCAACGCGCGCGACACACGGGCUCAGUGCGGUGCUGAACAUCGGCAAGUGCUGCGUUUUUAAGAUGGCUCCCUCCAGAGACAAUGAGAUUAAAUCUUCGGCGUUGGAGCUGAUCGGGAACACACCCAUAGUCGCCUUGGAUCGUCUAUAUUCGGGCCCCGGACGCAUCUUAGCGAAAUGCGAAUUCAUGAACCCUGGAGGUUCCAUCAAAUGUCGGUCCUCGUUAUACAUGAUACAGAAUGCUAGGAAGAAUGGUGAUUUGAAGCCUGGGAGCCCAGUGCUUGAAGUAACAUCGGGGAACCAAGGAACUGGACUGGCUGUUGUAUGUGCAGUGCUUGGACAUCCGUUAACUCUGACCAUGUCUAAAGGGAACAGCGUGCAACGUGCUAUACAUAUGGAGGCUCUUGGAGCGAAAUGCGUUCGAGUUCCUCAAGUUGAAGGUACAUAUGGAAAAGUGACUUUAGCUGAUGUGGAAGCGGCUGAGAAGGAAGGGUUAAGGUUAGUUGACGAAACCGGAGCAUUUCUCGUUAAUCAGUUCCAUAAUGAAGCUAAUGUUCAAUCGCACUACGACUCAACAGGCCCUGAAAUUUGGAGACAGACUGGGGGAAAAGUGGACGCGUUUGUCGCCACCGUUGGGACGGCCGGGACUUUUACGGGCGUCUCUAAAUAUUUGAAGGAUAAGAAUCCAGAGAUUGUGACGUAUGUGGUGGAGCCGGAAGGUGCUGAGCCGAUCGCUGGAAAGGCUAUUACGAAGCCGUGCCAUCUGCUGCAAGGAUCGGGGUAUGGGGCAGUUCCUGGGUUAUUCAAGUUUGAGUAUAUGGAUGGUACUAUGAAUGUGUCAGACGAAGAGGCGGUGCAUUAUAAGAAGCUGCUUGGGGAGAAGGAAGGUUUAUACGUUGGGUACACUAGCGGGGCGAAUGUGGCUGCCGCCGUGAAGCUGCUCAAGUCGGGGAAGCUGCCGAAGGACGCGUGGGUGGUCACUAUGCUGAACGACACGGGCUUGAAGUACACUCCUGUUCCGGACGAAUUGACAAAGUGAAAACGCCUGUGAAAGUUGUGAUAAAACUAUAUUUAGGGACAUUUAAUGGUAAGAAGUGUAUUUUGUUAUUAAAUAAAGUGAUAAUUUGAGUA